AUGCUUCCUCAGUCAUCAAAGCUACAUGCAAACAAGACAAUCCAUAAGGAGUGUGGCAAAGCCUUCAAUGGGCACUCAGCACCAAUUCAACCUCAGCGAGUGCACACUGGAGAGAAUGCUUACAAAUGUGCAGAAUGUGGUCAAACAUUUAAUUAUGGCUCAUCAGUAAAUGGACAUAGACUAAUUCGUACUGGAGAGAAACUUUACACACAUAAAAAAUGUGGGAUGGUCAUUAUCCAACACUCCCCUCUGACCAAACAUCACCGAAUCCAUACUGGAGGGAAACCUUACCAAUGUAAUGAAUGUGGCAAGGCCUUUAGCCAUCUCUCAUCCUUUACUCAACAUCAUAAAAUCCAUACUGGAGAGAAACCUUACCAAUGUAAAGAAUGUGCGAAGGCCUUUAAGACGCGCACACAUCUUAAUCAACAUCACCAUACCCAUACUGGAGAGAAACCUUACGAAUGUCAAGAAUGUGGCAAGGCCUAUUCCCGGCACUCAAUCCUUACCAAACAUCACCGAAUCCAUAGGGGAGAGAAACCUUACCAAUGUGAAGAAUGUGGCAAGUUCUUUACUCACCCUUCACAACUUACCGAACAUCAUAGAAUCCACACAGCAGAUAAACCUUACCAAUGUAAGAAAUGCUGCAAGCCCUUUUGCCAGCACUCAGGCCUUACCAAAGAUCACAGGAUCCACACUGGAGAGAAACCUUACCAAUGUCAAGAAUGUGGCAAGUCCUUUACCCGGCGCUCAAGCCUUACUGGACACCAACGAAUCCAUACUGGAGAGAAACCUUACCAAUGUGAAGAAUGUGGCAAGUUCUUUACUCACCGAGCAGGCCAUAUCAAGCAUCACCGAAUCCAUACUGGAGAGAAACCUUACCAAUGUCAAGAAUGUGGCAAGUCCUUUUCCAUGUGCUCGAACCUUUCUAGACAUCAGAGAAUCCAUACUGCAGAGAAAGCUUAA